UUAUCAAAAUUCAAAAUUAAUAAGUUAGUCAAGUGUGAAUUUCAAAUAUCCAAUAUAUACACUUCCUUACAUAUACUACGUCAUGUCAAAAGGAAAAGGCCCCCUUUCAAAACUGUAUAAUGUCAUCAUCAAUUCUGUUGAUGUAAUUGUACCGCAAUCCAUGCGACCGUUCUGGGAAUCCCCGGCAGGUCCGAAAACUGUUUUCUUCUGGGGCCCCCUUGGCAAAUGGGGCUUGGUACUUGCUGGCAUUGGAGAUCUUGUUAAACGGCCACCGCAAAAUGUGUCGCUCAAUCAGUCGGGAGUGCUGGCCACAACUGGAUUAAUUUGGUCCCGAUAUUCAGUUGUUAUCAUACCAAAAAAUUACAGCUUGUUGGCAGUUAACUUGGUUGUAUUCUUGACCCAAGGCUUUUUAAUCGCCAAGCAUUUGAAAUGGAGGAGUGAAAAUUCGAAACAAGUUGUUUAUCAACAUCCACAUUCUAUUCUUCGAUUUCAUGACAGCUCAUAGCAAGGUUGUUUUAAUUCUUUUAUAAU